AUGUCCAAGCGCAACAGUGAACAUCCACUUCAGUAUUAUAGCUUUAAACAUAUAGACCAUAUGAAAUCAUGCCCACAAUAUACCUCACUAUUGCAACAUGCUGUCGAUGAUGCACCUCAAAUCACGGACGAGAUGUUGGAUUCAUUAAAUACUGAAUUAACCUUAUUGGAGAAGUCCAUUAGUGAAAGAGCGCAACGAUUAGGGACAGAAUUAGAGAUUGUUGUUGAUUGGUUGGACCGGAAAGAUAAGAAGGAUUCUAAAGGGAGUGCAUCAUCUGAUUUGCAAAAUAGUGAAAGUUCUGAUCAUAAUAAACAAUCAACGCCUGGAUUGAAAAGAAGUACACACGACGAUCAGUUGAAUAAGAAGCAAAAACUGAAGGGCAACUUAAGUAAGAAACAAAAGAAGAAACAUAAAGCUAAAGAUGUCCCUGUACCAGUAGAUAACGAUAAAAAAUUAAAGACUGACGCACCAACGCGAUUUUGGGCAGCCGUUGAUUCUUAUUGUACUGAUAUUACACAAGAAGAUAUUAAAAUAUUGGAUCAAUUACUAGAAUGUGAAGAUUACUCGGAAUAUUAUACGAUGCCACCUUUGGGGAUGCAUUAUACAAAACGUUGGGCUAAAGAAGAUCUAUUAGAGGAAAGAAGUCAAGGAAAGCGUGCUGCUGAAGCGGAAGGCAAUAUCAAUGAAGACCACGUUGAUGAUCUCAACAAAACUAAUCAAGAAAUUGAUUCUUUAUUAAGAAGUAAUAACAAUAAAAACUCUUACACUGACGACAGUGAUGACUACUGCCCUGUUGGUGCAUUAACUCAACGGUUGCUUGCAUCGUUGGUGGAAGAGAAUAUUGUUGCCCCUGCACCUAUACAAAUCUACGGUAGUGAGAGCACUGGCGGUGACGGCAACAGCAAUCAUGAUAACACUAAAUCACGCCUCAAUUCCAAUGAACGCGAUUUAUCACAAGUUUCACAAUGGAAAACUCUUGAUAAACGUAUUCGUGAGGAGUUAAUUACAUUAAAUAUAAUUUCACGAAGUGAUAUUGUUGCUGAUUCUGAUGGAAGAAAUAAUGACGACGAAGAUGAAGUUUUAAGUGAAUUACACCGACGUCAGCAAGAAUUAAAAGCAGUUAAUCAAGAAAACGUUGCUUUCAUUCAACAAUUAAAGGAAGCAAGUAUCCGAGAAACAAAGCGACAAAAACUAUUACAAUCUGUUCGAGUUUGUGACAACGAAGUGAUUGAUUAUUAUAAACGUUUUGCUCCUACUAAGUCGAAAAAGAAAGGCCUUACAAAAGAAGAAACUGAACGCGCAUGGCAGUUGCUUAAAAGUAGACAAGCAGCUAUUAAUAAACUAAAUCAAUUUGAUAGUAGCUUGUAG